CUCUUCUUUUGUGGCGUUUACGUUAAGCAGUGAAAAUCUUCUCUACACAUCACCAAGGAGCCAACGGACAUUGGACGGGUUUUUUCCUUCCAUUCCUGACAUCACAUUCAGCCACAGAUUUUAUCUCAUUUUCUCGUCUGAGCUUCUCCUGUGAAACCCGGACUCUUCUCGAGAAUUCAUUUCCCAGAUAAGUUUCUCUCCUUAUCUCUCUCUCUCUCUCUCUAUCUCUCACCAAAAUCUUGUUUUUCUGCUGAAAAAAGAACGACAAUUUUGGUUUUGCAAAGCGUCAGUUGCUUCUCUCUGAAUUGGGAUUUGUUUAUUAUUGGAUGGGCAGUAACAAAUCCUGAUUUAGAGGGAAGGGAAUUCGUGUUCUGAGUUUGUGGUGUCUUGAAAUUAUGCUGAAAGAAAAUCCAGUUGAGCUUCAAGGGAGUAGCUCCAGAUUUUGAACUUCUUUCAUAGCAAUUCAGCCCACAAUAGGAGGUCUUGGGUGGAAUUCGUUUCUGGGAAAAGAGCUUUACUUCUGGUAUGCUUGUCUUUUUCUGAUUUGUUGUAUUAAUACACGAUUGAAUUGUGAGGAUCUGUUUUCAAAGUAUACUUAUUGGAAACUAGAAGUUUAGAGUUCUUUGGAAUUAUUCUGGUCACCUUUUGAAGGUUUUGUAUUGAAUUGUCUUUUGGGCUUGGAUUGCUUUUUCUCGUGUAAAGGACUUGGUUGCAAUAAGUUGUUGGUUUUCUUGUUUACUUAAUUGGAUCAGCUACUUGGUUUUUGAGCAUUCAGGCCUGUAGUUAGAUUAGGUAUUAGUUUUCUUUCUGGCUCAAACAUUUUGUAUGAAUUGUUGAGUGCAUGAUGCGGAAGCAAGGUGGAAAAAAGAAGAAGAGUGCAGGAGAAAAAUCAGGUGAUGCUCCAAAUCAAAGCAAAACUGGGGAUAAUAGCCCAAAAGCCUAUGAUAAGGACACAGCAGUUUUCAUUUCAAUGUCUCAAGAACUGAAGGACGAGGGGAACAAGUUGUUUCAGAAGAGGGACCAUGAAGGAGCUAUGUUGAAAUAUGAGAAGGCCCUCAAGUUGCUUCCACGAAAUCAUAUCGAUGUAUCCUAUCUUAGGAGUAACAUGGCCGCCUGCUAUAUGCAGAUGGGCCUGAGUGAGUACCCCAAGGCUAUCAAUGAGUGUAAUUUGGCUCUUGAAGUCACACCUAAGUACAGUAAGGCGCUGUUGAAGCGGGCCAAGUGUUAUGAGGCUUUGAAUAGGUUGGAUUUGGCUCUGAGAGAUGUUGGUACUGUUUUGAGCAUGGAGCCAAACAAUAUCAUGGCAACAGAGGUUGCAGAAAGAGUGAAGAGUGUACUUGAGAAGAAGGGAUUGAGGGUGAAUGACACAGUAAUUGAGCUGCCUCCAGAUUAUGUUGAACCAACUCAUGCUUUACUACCAGGGAAAGUAAUGAAAUUGAAGAAUCGGAAAAAGAAGAAGUGCAACAAGGAUGAAGAGAAGAAGGCUGACGACAAUAUUGAGGAGAAGACCGAGGACAAGAUUGAGGAAAAGAAGGCUCUGGACAUAGCUGAGGAAGUGAAGUCUGUGCAAAUAGCUGAAGAAAAGAAGGCUGUGGAAAUAGCUGAGGAAAAGAAGGCAGAGGUCAAGGUAGUUGUGGAGGAGAAAAUCAGUAGUCCAAAGGAAGAAGUGCCUAAAAGAAGUGUGAAAUUGGUAUUUGGAGAGGAUAUAAGAUGGGCUCAGUUGCCAGUUAAUUGCACCCUCCUGCAACUGAGAGAGGUAGUCCGUGAUCGGUUUCCUAGCUCAAGAGCAGUUCUCAUCAAAUAUAGAGACCAAGAAGGUGAUUUGGUUACAAUCACUAGUAAUGAAGAGCUGAGGUGGGCUGAAGGAUCAGCAGAAUCAGAAGGCUCUGUCAGGCUUUACGUAGUGGAAGUUAACCCUGAGCAGGAUCCAUUCUUUGAGAAACUGGAAAUUGAAGCACACAAGCUUGAUGUACAGCAAAAUAAGGUAGCCGAGAAUGGUAGCGUGGUAAAACAGAAGGAUAUGAAGGGGUCCCCUUGCGUUGAGGAUUGGAUAAUCCAUUUUGCUCAGCUGUUCAAGAACUAUGCUGGGAUUGAAUCUGAUGCAUACUUGGAUCUUCAUGAACUUGGAGUGAAGCUUUAUUCUGAGGCUAUGGAGGAGACAGUUACAAGUGAAGAAGCCCAAGACCUUUUUGACAUAGCAGGAGAGAAGUUUCAAGAAAUGGGAGCUUUAGCAUUGUUCAACUGGGGAAAUGUUCACAUGGCCAGGGCAAGGAAGAAGGUGUAUUUCACAGAAGAUUCUUCAAAGGAAUCAAUCAUUUCAAAUAUCCAAAGUGCACAUGAUUGGGCACAAAAAGAAUACAUUGAAGCAGGAAGGAGAUAUGAAGAAGCGCUGCAGAUAAAACCAGACUUCUAUGAAGGCUAUCUGGCCCUUGGGCAGCAGCAGUUUGAACAGGCAAAACUUUCUUGGUAUUAUGCAAUUAGCAGCAAUGCUGAUUUGGAGACGUGGCCUUCGACAGAGGUUCUACGACUUUAUAACUAUGCUGAAGACAAUAUGGAAAAAGGCAUGCAGCUGUGGGAGGAAUUGGAAGAGCAGCGUCUUAGCGAACUCUCCAGUCCAAGUAGUGUUAAAUCCCAGUUGCAGAAAAUGGGUUUGGAUGGAAUUUUCAGAGACAUAUCAGAACAUGAAGCUGCAGACCAGGCUACAAGCAUGAGGUGUCAGAUAAAUCUCCUAUGGGGCACCAUGCUCUAUGAGCGAUCUAUUGUGGAAUUCAAAUUAGGGCUACCUGUAUGGCACGAAUGUUUGGAAGUUGCAGUUGAAAAAUUUGGACUUGCUGGGGCUUCUCCCACUGAUAUAGCUGUGAUGGUUAAAAACCACUCUUCAAAUGAUAAUGCAUUGGAAGGUAUGGGAUUCAAAAUUGAUGAGAUAGUACAAGCAUGGAAUGAGAUGCAUGAAGCGAAAAAGUGGCAGAGUGGAAUUCCAUCAUUCAGGUUGGAGCCAUUACUUCGAAGACGAGCUUCCCGAAUUUAUUAUGCCUUGGAUCAUGCUUGAAAAUUAGCAUUGGAUAGACACACUUUUACUGCCCUGACGCCAUGGAUUGGAGCAUAUAAUCCUGCACAUUGAGGUUUUCUUGCUACUGCCCUGUAAAGUACUUUUCAGGCUUUUAGCUAUGGCCACUUAGUUUUACAAACAGUGGAUAGUUGUGAUUCAAAAUUUUAUUAUGAGUAGUAGCUGUUCAGAAAUCAAAAUUUUUUUAUUCUCUUUUGACGUAAGGGGAUUGGAGGUGAAGUUGCAGGUCUUCAUUUUAGUUAGUUUCUGCCUUCAUCAACAUCGCUUGUAGUUUCUGUCAGAAUAGAUUGUACUUGUAAUUGAAGCGUCUACGAUCCAAUUCCAAAGGCAUGUUCUUGA